ACUUCAUAUAGCAUAACAUAUCGAAAAAAAGUAUUUGUGAAUCUGUUACCGUACGGAUAUUCUGAAUCAGAGCAAAAAAAAAAACAGUAAGAUAUUCUGAUUAACCUGUUUCUUUUUUACCCAGAUCGGGUUCAUUGCGCUUCAAAAUUCAGAUGAUCAAACCUGAACGGAUUAAGGAUCAACCUGAAACAGAUCUCUUAUCAAUCAUUUUAUAUAGAAUUCCUUACCGUUCUUCUCAUCUAUACUUGCAUAGACGUGUGAGUAGUAUACAUUUAAAGAGAGAGCUUGAGCUCUGAAUUCGAAUUAAGAAAUUGAGCUAAGCCAGAUCACAAAUGGAUACCUCGCAUGGAGGAGGAGAAGGAGGAGGAUCUGAAAGGGAGAAGUUCAACUCCACGUCCUCCUCUUCCACCACCCCUAUCGCAGCCGUGGCCAGCUUCUGGAAAGAGUUUGAUUUAGAGAAAGAAAGGACUGUACUAGAUGAGCAAGGUCUUAGAAUUGCUGAAAAUCAGGAGAACAGUCAGAAAAACCGUCGAAAGCUGGCAGAGAGCACACGAGGUACUACUUUGAAAGAUUUCAUAUGGAAGAUCUGAAUAAUCUUAUUCACUGAUUAACGUACACCUAGCAUCGUUACAGAUUUCAAGAAAGCUUCGAAUGAAGACAAAUUGAGCUUAUUUAAUUCCUUGCUCAAGGGUUAUCAAGAAGAAGUUGAUAAUCUUACCAAAAGAGCAAAGUUUGGGGAAAAUGCGUUUCUUAACAUUUAUCAGAAAAUUUAUGAGGCACCGGACCCAUAUCCACUUAUUGCUUCAAUUGCUGAAAAGGAUUCCAAAUUAUCAGAGUUGGAGUUUGCAAAUCGUAAAAUGAAAGUUGAGCUUGAAGAGUUCCGCAUGGAGGCAACUCAUCUUAAAAAUCAACAGGCUACCAUACGGAGGCUUGAAGAGCGCUGUCGUCAAUUAGAACAACAGAUGGAGGAAAAAGUAAAGGAAAUUGUGGAGAUUAAGCAACGCAAUUUGGCAGAAGAAAAUCAGAAAACAUUGGAGGUUUUAAAAGAAAGGGAGCAGCUAUUGCAGGAUCAAUUACGCCAAGCUAAAGAAAGUGUUUCAAACAUGCAAAAAUUGCAUGAAAUUUCCCAGAGCCAGUUAUUUGAAGUUCGUGCACAAUCAGAGGAAGAGAGAGCAGCAAAGCAUUCAGAACUAAAUCUUUUAAUGGAUGAAGUGGAACGUGCUCAAGCUCGCCUUCUAAGCCUUGAGAGAGAAAAGGGGUUUUUGCGUUCCCAGUUACAAUCAGCUAAUGAAGAUAAUGGUGAUAAGAAAAGUGAUAAUUUAGACAAAAGUAGCAUCCUUGAGAAUUCUUUGAGCUCCAAGGAGAGGAUAAUCUCUGAAUUAAAUAUGGAACUUCACAAUCUGGAGAGCACCUUAUCUAAUGAGCGAGAAAUGCACAUUAAUGAGGUGAAGAAGCUGAAUGUUCUACUACAUGAAAAGGAAGUUGCUCUUGAUGAAAUGAAGAAGGAACUUCAAAUGAGGCCUACGACGAAGUUAGUUGAUGACUUGAAAAAGAAAGUACAAAUCUUACAGGCUGUGGGCUACAACUCUAUUGAGACUGAAGAUUGGGAAGCUGCUACCAGUGGAGAAGAGAUGAGUAAACUUGAGUCAUUACUUCUUGACAAAAACCGGAAAAUGGAGCAUGAGCUCACACAGUUGAAGUUUAAACUUUCAGAAAAGGCAUCAUUACUUGAAUCAGCUGAAUCCAAGAUCGAUGAAUUGACUGUAAACGUAAGUGAACAGCAAAGACUUAUCCAAAAGUUAGAGGAUGAUAUUCUAAAGGGAUACAGUUCAAUACAAGAAAAGAAGAGUAUGGUAUUUGAUGAUUGGGACCUUUCAGAGUCUACAAGAGCAGAGCCUUCUGAUAGUGUAGAACAAAGGCGCAUUUCUUCGGACCAAGAUCAAAGCUCAAUGUUUAAAGUGAUAUGCAACCAACGAGAUCGCUUCCGGGCACGCUUGCAAGAGACGGAGGAGGAAAUAAGGAAACUGAAGGAGAAAAUUGGGGUUUUGACAGCAGAACUUGAGAAAACCAAAGCUGACAAUGUCAAACUUUAUGAAAAGAUCCGAUAUGUUCAGGAUUACAACUCUGAGAGGGUUAUUUCAAGAGGAUCAAAGAAGUAUGCAGAAGAUGUAGAAAGCGGCUUUGGCUCUGAUGUGGAAUCUAAGUACAAGAAGAUGUAUGAGGAUGACAUAAAUCCAUUUGCUGCAUUCUCAAAGAAGGAAAGAGAUCAGAGAUACAAGGAGUUGGGUUUGAGGGAUAAGAUAACUCUAAGUAGUGGGCGUUUCCUCCUAGGGAACAAAUAUGCUCGGACUUUUGCAUUCUUCUAUACGAUUGGAUUGCAUGUCCUAGUAUUCACCUGCCUGUACAGAAUGUCUGCUCUGAGCAACUCUGGCAAUGCAGCAGAGGAUAAGAUCAUCGACCUUCCUCAUCCACAGUAAUACCUUUGACACAUGAGUUUUCUUCUCCCAACUGAUCCAUGCAAAUUAACAGGAGCAAGCUAUAUACAAUUAUGUGAUGUAAAUAGAGAAGAAAUAGACAGAACAGUGGCUUCCAUUUUUGUUGACAGCAGAAUGUAAUGGAAAUAUGGAAUCAUCGUGUUUUAAAACCAUUACUUCCAUCUGUUUCAGGCUGUGCAAGGUUUCUUCUUUUUAGAGCAUUCGUGUACUGUAAUGGUUCUAAUACAAAAAUUAGAAAAAUAUUAUUUGUGUUGUGGGAGGAACGAGAAUCGCACGUUUACUGGCCGGUCCUUUUAAUAUUAUGAUUCAUAUAUAUCGGGAUUAUCGGCUCUCUAACGAGAAACACACUAAUAAAUAAUAAUUUCUUU